CACUAGUGGAAUAUGAUGUCGACUGGUGCUUCCAUGGAGCCUUCGACCCCGCGCUAAACUUAACUGCCUUGUCUCUUUGCCUCCAUCCCCUCCCACCGCGACCAAGAGCACUUCCUUAGACACCAGUCUACUCACAACGAACUACGACACUCAAACAAGCAAUUACUACUCUUACCAAAUCACAAAAAUGGCUCCCGGUGCCCCCCGUGCAAAGCGCAAGGUCGCCCGUGGUGGAGGAAAGCACUUUUCGCGUGACCUCCGACCCCUCGAUGAACCCAUUGAGAAACCCGAGUCGGAAGAAGAGGAGUCUGAAUCGGACGAGGAGGAGUCAGAGGAUGAGUCCCGUCCCGCCGCAGGAGGAGGAGGAGAAGCCAUGACCCGCGACGAACGUAAAGCCGCUGCAAAGGCUCGCAAGGAAGCUGCCAAGGCGCGUCUCGCUGGCCCCGCCGCUUCCGACGACGAUGACGAGGAAGAGGAGGAGGAGGAGCGGAAACCUGCCAAGGCUGCGCCCAAGAAGACCAUCGCCGUGUCGAAUCCCAAUGACCCAGCCAACGCGGCGGCUGGUGGACUGAGCAGGCGUGAGCGUGAGGCGCUGGAGGCGGCUGCUGCCAAGGAGAGGUACUGGAAGCUUCAGGAGGCUGGAAAGACCGAUCAGGCGAAGGCGGACAUGGCUCGUCUGGCGAAGAUCAGGGAGGACAGAGAGGAGAAGGCCAAGCAGAGGAAGGCGGAACAAGAGGAGAAGAAGAAGGAAGCCGAGGCCAAGGCGGACGCCAAGGGCGGCAGGAGAAGAUAAAGGCUUUCUUUCUUUCUACAAGAUUGCCGAAUGUGUACGGCUCAGGUUGUCUAUGGGACCAUACAUGUGUUACGAAUUGCGAUGUACGAGAACGUUGCUUAACAUGGUGAUCUUGCUGAUGGUCGGAACCUGUCGAUGUUUGUAGCACGCCUGCGUGCUCGGUGACAUCCUGUGUUGUGCACUUGUUGGCUGGUAUAAAGCUUGACUGACGACUUGUCGUCAAUCCGUACCCUUACUUUUGGCCGUGGAGAGUGGGGGUAUGUAUGCUUUACGGUGGUUUCACACCCACCCGGGGAAGUUGAUUGAAUUUCAACAUCUUGAUAUUGUGGAACAUUCAUGGUGUGCACUGAAGUAAAUCUAGCCGAG